AUGGUGGCCGAGCUCGGUCCGGGCAGGUUCUACGGCGGCGUGCUCCCGCGGCCGCGCGUGUUCCCCGGCGGCGACCGCGCCGACCCGCCGGCGCUCCUCUCCUGGGCGCGCGAGGCGCAGUGGUCCACGGGCGCGCGAGGCAGUAGGCGCCUCCGUCUCCAGGGCCGCAUCGAGGGCAGCCUCGGCAGGCUCCGCCGCGCCGACGCGCUCGGCUCCGACGACGACGACGAGGACAAGGACGAGGAGGAGGGGGCCGUCGCGGCCCAGGAGCGCGAGGCCGUCGACGGUAAGGAGUCGGAGGAGGACGAGGAGGAGUCCGGCGAGUCGGACGAGGACUCCCCGGACUCCGGCGAGUCGGAGGAGGUGGCGCUCGUGACUCCGGCAAGGGGGCUGCGGAGGAAGAAGGCUGUCGCGGCGGCUUCUGCUCCUUCUGCCAAGGCAUCGGCGAAGGCGUCCCCACAGAGGAAGGCCGCGGCGGCUGCGCUAACGGCGAGGACGCCAUCGACGAGGAAGAGGAAGGCCGCCGAGGCACCGGCCGCAAGGAGGAGGACCUCCCCGCGGCGCAUGCGCUAA